GGAGCUUGGUUGAUAAAAGGCGAGCGUUGGCUCCUUGAACCUUCUUCACAAGAUCCAACGCUUUCAUAUCGAAGUAUCCUGGCAAUAACACAUCCACAAUGUUGGGCUCCACAUCUGUUGUUUCCCUGCUCGCGCUGGCGUCCAGCGCCUUUGCUGCUCCCAGUGGCAACAUAGAGAAGCGCGCACCCACAGUCUACCUUGCCGGAGACUCAACAAUGCAAACCGCAAGGGGCGGUCCCGGUACACUUCAGGGCUGGGGACUUUACCUCCCAUACUCGUUGACCACAACCGUUGUCAACAAGGCCAUUGGUGGCCGCAGCUCGCGUUCCUACACUGUCGAGGGCCGCUUCACCGAGAUCAUCAACACUGUUAAGGCCAACGACAUCGUCAUCAUCGAGUUCGGCCACAACGACGGUGGAUCCCUGACCCCUACCGACAACGGCCGCUCCGUAUGCCCCGGCAAGGGCACCGAGACCUGCCAGUCUACUUUCAACGGCGCGGCCACCACCGUGUACACCUACCCCUUCUACCUGAUCCAGGCCGGCAAGGCCCUCAUCGCAAAGGGCGCCAAGGUCAUCAUCAGCAGCCCGACCCCCAACAACCCCUGGGAGUCCGGCACAUUCCAGUACAGCGGCAGCCGCUUCGUCGACUACAGCAAGAGCGUCGCCGCCACACUCGGCUCCAACGCCUUCUACGUCGACCACGGCGCAUACGCUGCUGAUGCGUGGAAGACCCUCGGCAAGGCCAAGACCGAUGCGUACUUCGUUGCUGGCGACCACACCCACACUCUGCCCAUCGGCGCGGAUGUUGUUGCCAAGUCGUUCGUCAAGGGUCUGCAGUGCGCUGGAGGCGGUUUCCUCGCCGGCUCGGUCAAGAACAGCACCGCGAGCAUUGUCGGAACCUGCUUGUAG